UAAGAAUAUCAAAUGGUGCUUCUUAUUCAACUUCUUAAAGAACAUGAUGCCAGUAACAAGAAUCUUCAAGUUGUAGAACGUAAGACUUUCAAUGUGAACAAGUGUAGUUUUUUCGUUUUUUGAGUUCAAAACACUUAACAAGCAAAAAAACUAUAAUCUUCCAAAUGCAUGCAUGAUAUGAAAACAUCAUACUGACAGAAAAAACAAUUGCUAAGAUUUGGCACUACAACAACAACAAUAAUAACCUAAACUAACAAAUGAAAAGAGAACAAAUUUAAUGGAAGAAACGUACAAUAAACAAAUGAACCAUAACAAUAAAUUUUCAAAGUCCUUUGAGGAACAAAAGAAGAGCGUAAAAAACAAAAACAACAACAUUAACAAAAUGUAAACACUAUAAAUAAAAUAAACGGAUGUUCUGAACACAAACACAUACAAAAGAAGAAAUCAUACCAAAGAAAUAGCUGAGAGAUAGAGAGAUAACAAUGACAAAGUGGAAAGUAAUACAAAAGUCAAAACGAACGAAUGAAAAACAAUAGAAAAUGAUGCCUUUAACUAACAGAAAAAAAAAACUAACAAAAGGUUUUUGAAAUAUUAAGAAAAACAGUCUUUACCGAACAGAUCUAAUAACAACAAAAUAAUAUUUAUUGAUAAUCGGUGAAACGCGCUGCAAAUACUUUUCUUUUUAUAUUUAUUUGGCUUCUUUCUAAAACAAAUAAGCGUUGAAGUGUUGGCGUUAAGAAACAACGAAAUAGUCAUAAUAUUUAGAAGACAACAAACAACAGCAACUAUAAUACAAUAAAAACAUUUAAAUGAGGUCAUAACUGUAAAUACUGCUACAAAAUGACUAAAACGGAAACGGAAAAUAGAAUUGCCAUAAAAACUAUACACAGCAAUUGAAACGUAGAACGUGUGUGUGUGUGUGUGGGGCAGAGCGAGAGUAAGAGAGAAAGUGACAAAGAGAAAAAUAUUAAGUUUCAAAUAAACUACACAAAAAAAAAUCCUUUACUUAAUGAUGAAUAAUAUAAAAACUAUAAACAACUACUAAAAAAAGACAAACAGCAACAGAAUUGUUGUUGUUUUUUUUCCAAAAAGGACAAAUCUAAAGCAUUUUAUAAAUCAACAAAACAAACGAAAUAAAAUAGUCAUAUAACAAAUUUAUGUCCGUCCGUCUUAAUAAAAAAAAAUACCAUCAACAAAACAAAAAUAUUUUAUAGCAAAACGAAAAAAAAACUCAACAAACUCAAGUGAAAUCAUAAAAAUUCAAACCAGAAAACAAAAAAAGAAUUUAACUUGAAGUUAAAAAAAUAAACAAAUAUAGUCAUAAAAAUUUCCGUAAUUCCUCCUAGCAAAACAACACAAUCUUUUUAUGCAUAAUUCUCAGACAAAAUGGCGUCUUUAAGACAUAAAAAAUUGGAGUGUGUCAUCUCGUAAAAAAGAAAAAUCAAAAACAUAAACUUCUUUUUAUAUAUAUAUAAUAUCAUAUCUUUUAACGCAACAAAAUAAUAAGUAAAAGUAAUAAGCAAAUUAAAUCAAAAAUAUAUUAAUAAUAUACAAAUGAAAAUUACCAACAAUUUCGUACACAUAUAAUUUAUUAAAACAUAAUUUUAUAGUUUAGUUUAUAGUUUUUUCUCCGUUUUUUAUGCUGGCUUUUAAAUUAAUGAUCUUAGAAUUUUAUGUGAUGUAAAAAAAGAAAAAUGAAAAAAGAACUAGGUCAUUGAAACAAUACUUACAUUAUUAUUACAAAGCAUUGUAACUAACAUCAAUUGUUAACGACACUCUCACCAGCAAACAAACAGAACAAACGCGAAAAUCUAAAAUAGAAAUAAUAUAAAAAAAAUAAAAAAUAAUAAAAAAAACAAACAAAAUGUUUCAAAUUUAUAAAAGUCAUCAUAAAAGGGUAAAUUUAAAAAACAUCAAAAUGCAUUUGCAGCAAAUGCAUUUAUGGCAUUACAUUGUGGCAGCUGUAUUCUAUAUGAGUAUGGCAACCAUUCAUGCCGAUGUCAUCAGAAAUUUUGAUUUAGCAUCACCACCACAAUACACAAACAGUAAUGGUAAUAGUGGCGGUGGUAGCUCCGGCGGCAGUGGUAGUAAUGGUGCCAGCAGCAGCAGUAGUAGUAGUGGCAAUAUCAGUGGUGGUAGUAGUAUAAGUAAUAUUAAUUCAGUGUCUCCAUCGUUACAAUCUUCCUCGGCUACAAUAUAUGCGUCGUCUUCGAUAACGUCAGCGUUAGUACAGGCAGAGGCGCCGUCAUUAGAAACAUUUGUGUCAGCAGCAUCAACAUCAGCAUUUGUGGAACCUUAUUUGGAUGGUUAUGCCACAACAAAUGUAACAACACAAAUUGGUACACACGCAUAUCUGCCAUGUCGGGUGAAACAACUGGGAAAUAAGUCUGUGUCAUGGAUACGUGUACGAGAUGGUCACAUACUCACUGUUGACAGGUAAUUAAAAAAUUGUUGACAACAUUUUACUUACUUAUAACGGAAUUAGUACUUAAAAAUACAAACUCUCUUUUAUAAAACAAAUAUUCGCCAAGAAUAACAUUUAACAUAUAUACAUACAUAUCGACAUCUGAAAUGCAAAAGUGUGUAACAAUCAAAGAAUUUAAAAUUGCCUUUUUAUGACUUGUACUUACACAACAGCUUUCCAUAUUAUACUUUUCUAAAGAAUUAGUCCGCACUGAACUAUAUCAGAUUUUCUCCAUUACAUCUGGUUUU